UAGAUAGAUGUCACUUUCCGAUCCCCACGGCACCGUACCUUCGCCACACCUUGCAGUGGUCGUCGUUCCUCCAGGAUACCAUUCAUGCUUUCUCUUAACUCCAUUUCAAGCCAGCUUCUCCAGUUUCUCAACUUAGGCAGGCUCAAGAUAUAUAUAUGUACAUGCAUACAAACAAAAGAGAGCAAAGCUAUCUAGCUAGAGAGCAUAUGGUCGAUGACGACGUGAAGGGUCGUAGCAGCUCCACUUCCCGGCGGGGAUACCACCCAGAGAAGACACACCAGUACGACUGGCCGCCGCCGCCGAUGUCGACGUCGACGGCGGCACCCGGCCUGGAGGUGGACGAGGCCUUUUGGAGGAGGAGGUGGUGGUGGCCGCGGCUGCACAGGUGCUCCUCCAACGCUACGAGGAGGAGGGCCCUGCUGGCCAUCUUCGCCGGGGCGACCGUCAUCGUCGUUCUAUUCGCCGGCUGGAGCUCACCUGACGGGAUGCUGCACUCGUUGCUCUUACAAGGUUUUGAAGACAAAACUCCAUUUAACCUCACCUCCGACCAUCUCCUCGACGGCCUUCUCACGGCUGAGUUCGGCUACCGGUCGUGCCGGAGUCGAUAUGAGUUCGCCGGCUACCACAAGAAAUCGUCGCAUAAGCCAUCACCCUACCUCCUCGCCAAGCUGCGGAAGCAAGAAGCCCUCCAAAAGCGAUGCGGCCCCGGCACGGCCGCGUACAAGAAGGCACUCCGGCGGCUUGAAUCCAACGCUGCCGUCGUCGAGGACGACGAUGAAUGCCGGUACCUCGUGAAUAUCAGCUUCCGAGGUCUCGGCAACCGGAUGCUCGCCGUCGCGUCGGCCUUCCUCUACGCGGUGCUUACAGAGCGCGUCCUCCUCCUCAACGGAGGCAAGGAUGAUGUGGCCGAUCUCUUCUGCGAACCCUUCCCAGGCGCGACAUGGCUGCUGCCGCGCCCUGGUUGGUUCUCCCCGUUCAGGAAGCUCGACGAUUACGACGGGGACAGCAAGGAGAGCCUGGGGAACAUGCUGCAGAGAGGCGCCGCCGGCGUGUCCGCCGACGGGAACAUGUCCUGGCUGUCUCCACCGCACCCGCCGUCGUAUGUGUAUCUCCACCUCGCUGGCGAGUACGGCUUCCACGACAAGCUCUUCUACUGCGGGGAGCACCAGCGGCUCCUCCGCGGAGUGCCGUGGCUGCUCAUGAGGGCGGAUGGCUACAUGGUUCCGGGGCUGUUCCUCACGCCGCCGUUCGUCGGAGAGCUCGAGGCCAUGUUCCCGGAGAAAGACGCCGCGUUCUACCACCUGGGUCGGUACCUUUUCCACCCCAGCAACGCCGUCUGGCGCUCUGUCACGAGCUACUACAGCGCCAACCUCGCAGGCGCCGGCCGCCUCGUCGGCAUCCAGAUCAGGGUGUUCCAGGAGAACCAGCCGCAGCAGCAAAUCCUGGACCAGCUCCUGUCCUGCGUCCGCAAUGAGAAGCUGCUCCCAGAGACAACUACAAAUAAUGGCAGCGGCACGUCGUCGUCCCACGGUGUCCUUGUGGCGUCGCUGAGCCCGUGGUACUACGAGAGGCUCAAGGAUGAGUACAAUGGCAGACUCGCCGGCGGCGUGCACCAGCCGAGCCACGAGGGGCGGCAGCGGUGGCGUGACGAAGCGCACGACGUCAAGGCGCUGAGCGAGAUGUACCUGCUCAGCAUGUGCGACGUGCUUGUCACCAGUGGCUUCUCCACGUUUGGGUACGUCGCGCAGGGCCUGGGCGGGCUGCAGCCGUGGGUCAUGUCGAGGCCGUCCCCGUUCGAGGAGUGGACGGAGGGUCAGGCGGCGCCAGAACCGCCAUGCCAGCGCGCGCUCUCCGUCGAGCCGUGCUUCCACUCGCCGUCAUACUAUAACUGCACGGUGAGGAGGGACGUGGAUCUGGACAAGGUGACGCCCUACAUCAGGCGCUGCGUGGACGUCAGCUGGGGCAUAAAGCUUGUCAAUCAAAGCAGUGACCAUCAAUGGUAGCAUAUUGUCAAAUAGGCGCCGUAGGCCUUUGAACAAACCUGUCCUAGCUUUGCUUUGUUCCUUGUUCUGAACGAUACGCCUUUUCCAUUUGAUUAUGCAUAGAUAAGUUCAACUUAAAAGCUUAAUUAAUUGAUAGAAACUUUUUAAA